UAUCCAGCACAGUCAGUGCAAGACUGGGUUGCAACAUCAAUAACAAGCGGCAUAAUAAUAAUGGGACGUUAGUGCAGCACGCCUUUAACUAGCAGUCCUCUCAUAGGCCAGCCUUGGGCGAUAGUACAGUCGCAUUCUCCGGUAGUUCACUUCUGCCGAAGGGAAAAUAUUUGAACCUGCUCUUUUCAGUAUCUCAAGAGGGCGUUGCAGGAAAAAGAGAAGGUGACAUGUCCUUCAUCAGAAAGACGAGUGCACGCUAGAAGCCAGACAGGGACGGUUAAGAAUGUUUUUGCAACCUGAUUCUUGUGGGAGGAUGUUGAAUUAAAUCUAACCAGUAUCAGUGCAACUCUACGCCGGAGAACUGAACCGAUGCGAAAAUGCGAGGUCUUGGGUCAAUUUGUGCAGGUGGAUGGCUAACCUGAUGUUAUCAAUUAGCUAUUUUUCUCUCCGGUCCUGCCGCGUUGCUGUGCUGUGAGUCUACGAUGGUAUCGAAGAAGCCCAGUAGCGAGCAGUAGAAAACGGCGAACGCGAGUCAUGCUUCCCGGGGUCGGGGUAUUUGGUACCAGCUUGACCGCGAGGGUGAUCAUCCCUCUCUUGAAGAACGAGGGGUUCGCAGUGAAGGCUCUUUGGGGACGCACUCAAGAAGAAGCCGAGGAGUUGGCGAAGGAAAUGAACGUGCCGUUUUAUACCAACAGGAUCGACGAUGUCUUGUUGCACCAGGAUGUGGAUUUGGUCUGCAUUAACCUACCUCCCCCUCUCACGAGGCAGAUUGCUGUAAAAACGUUGGGUAUCGGCAAGAACGUCAUCUGCGACCGAACGGCCACCCCGCUGGACGCCUUCCACAUGAUGUCGGCGGCACAGUAUUACCCCAAGCUGCUGAGCAUCAUGGGAAACGUGCUGCGCUUCCUGCCGGCGUUCGUGAAGAUGAAGGAGCUGGUGGAGGAGGGCUACGUGGGCGAGCUGCUGGUGUGCGAGGCCCAGGUCCACAGCGGGAGCCUGCUGGGGAAGAAGUACAACUGGAGCUGCGACGACCUGAUGGGGGGUGGCGGCCUGCAUUCGGUGGGCAGCUACAUCAUCGACCUGCUCACCUUCAUCACGGGCCAGAAGGCGGCCAAAGUGCACGGCUUCCUCAAGACCUUCGUCAAGCAGACGGACCACAUCCGCGGCAUCCGCCAGAUCACCAGCGACGACUUCUGCACCUUCCAGAUGGUGCUGGAGAGGGGCGCCUGCUGCACGGUGACGCUCAACUUCAACGUGCCCGGGGAGUUCCGGCAGGAGGUGAUCGUGGUGGGCACGGUGGGCCGGCUGACGGUGAGCGGCACCGACCUGUACGGCCAGAAGAACAGCGCCCCCGAGCGGGAGCUGCUGCUGAAGGACAGCACGCCGCUGGGGAACGCCGACCUGCCGGAGAAGGCCUUCAGCGACAUCCCCUCGCCCUACCUCACCGGCACCAUCUGCAUGGUGCAGGCCGUGCGCCAGGCCUUCCAGGACCAGGACGACCGGCGCACCUGGGACGGGCGGCCGCUCACCAUGGCCGCCACCUUCGAGGACUGCCUGUACGCCCUCUGCGUGGUGGACACCAUCAAGAAGUCCAACCAGUGCGGGGAGUGGCAGAACAUCGUGGUGAUGACGGAGGAGCCGGAGAUUAGCCCCGCCUACCUGAUCAGCGAGGCCAUGAGGCGCAGCAGGAUGUCGCUCUACUGCUAGCGCAGGGAGCUGGCCGUCCGCAGGGGCAGGGCGGGGCCGGGUGGGCGUGGUCUGGCACCACGAGUGCCGCAGGAAGUGCGUUGGGAGGGCCUUCCCAGGAUUCCGAGCAUCAGGCAGCAGUGGGAGCAUGUGAGCCUUUCUCUGCUGAUUGACUGGGGGGGGAGGGAGGGACACCCCUUUGUUGGUGUUCUGCCUGCUUUCUUGUGUCAGCCCCACCCGUCCCACAACCGACUCGGAGCUUCGGUGAUCCUCGGGAUCGGAAAACGUAAACCGCAGUACGUUCUCCCUCCUUCCCUCUCUUCCCAUUUUUACAGCCCCUCCUAUCUCAGUGAUGUGUAGGAGCGUACAAGGCAAACUUGUGCUUUUUUUCCCUCGAAUGCCACCCAAUGUCAAGAACAUCGACUGCGAUGAGGAAGCGUGCGUGUUUGUACCUCCGAGGAGGUGAAUGUUUUACACUGUUGGCUUGAACGUCCUGUGUCCGUAUCUCUUUGUGGUACUGGAAAACAAACGAAACACCUGAAAAAUCAAUAGUUUGGCUAGUAGGGCUCUCCCGUUUUAAGUAUGCAAUAAAUAUGGGCCGGAUUUCCUACCGGGGUUACAUCGCUCCUCCCGAAGCAGAGGGAGUGCCUGCUGUCUGUUCCUCGUUGAAAACGUGAAGUAUAUUCACAUGCAAUAUACGCAAUCAUCCGUCGUCGCGCGUGCAACUCCGCGCUGUGCCGCGGGCUCCAGGCAGCGUCCCGCCUGUCAGACGCCGCGUUCGGCCCGUUUUUAUUUUUCCCUGAUGCAAGUGCUCAAUGAAAUUCCCCAAGCUUGCUAUUUGGAUGCAAAUUCUGCCUGUUGCAUUUUGCAUGCCUAAAAAAAAAGCCUAUUGUAUGUCAGCAGAUACUUUGUGUAAAACAGUCAGUAAUUGCCUUGGAGGCAACUGUCCAGGUUCUUGGGGGGGGGGGAGGGGGAUGGAAGCGGCGGGGGUGAAACCUGCUGGCUCAGACCGAGCCUGCGCCCUUUCCCUGCUUUGGCUGGGGGCCACUGGCCGCAGGUGUGGCCUAGAGCUGCUGCCCUGCUGCCUCGGACAACAACAAGCCCUGGACACCUUCUUGCAUCUACUGUGAGAGCUUAGCCGCAUUUGGCAAAAAAAAAAAAAAAAACAAGGCAAAAAAAACUAAACCAUACCAAAUUACAUCAGAGAGUUGGAUGUGCAAUUGGAUGACUGUAAAAUCAGUAUAUUAGUAUGGUUACAAUGUUUCCAUUUGGUAUUUGUAAUACAAUUGGAUUUUCAUUUUAAAGUAGAGGACUGAGGUACGUCUCGUCUUUUUACGCAAAAGUCUAGAUGCAGGUCAUGAUUUAUUUUUCCAAUCACAGCGUACAUUGACCUACAAGCCAAAAGAUUGAUUUUUAUUUUAUUUUAUUUUUUUCUUCCAUUUUAUUUCAGUGUUCAUCUCGUGGUAUUAAGUAGGCGCACCAAGUGUGCCACAUCAGGGUCUACGUAGUCCACAGUCCUACAUAGGAAACCAAUGUGUGGAUUUUUGUGUGGAUGUUCAUGUAUGUAUUUUUGUUUUAAAAUGCUUAUGAAAAGUUUUGAUGUACAUAACUGAAAUAAUAUUUGAUACCCACUCUGCUUGUUAUAGUAUUUAUUUUUGUCGAAUUGAUUUCUAUCAAUUGAGUGUGAGGAGGUGAAUGGAAGGGACUCCUGUGGUUACUUCCUUUUGAGGAUUAAGUGUGUUUCUCCACUGUGACGAUGCAGGCCACAAUGUGGCCCCAUUCUGUCCCACCUAAGAGAUGCUGUAAGAAUACCGAGGGCCAGAGGGCACUGUGACCUCGUUUCAGGAGCUUAACGGAAGAUCUGAAAGGAAACAUUUGCUUCCAAAACGAAGCAGAAGUAGCUACCGACGGUGUGCGUCUCCUCAGAGCGCCUCAGAACAGAACAUGGACGGAUGGACUGCAUUCAUCAGUGAGCUUUCAGGCUGCCUGCUGCCGCUAAUGAGACAGCAGGGUUUGAGUAAUGUAUCUUGCAAAGAGCGAGAAAAAAAAGGAACAUUUGUGAAGCAUUCUAUGUGUAAAUGCACUGCCUUCCUUUAGGCUCCUGCCGCUAAGUCACGUGGUUGUUUGGCUCUCUUCUCCCUGGAAGUGCCGGUCCUGCCUGAUGUCCAAGCACUGGCUCUGUAAAUCGAGAUUUACAGAUAUCCUGACCUGGCCUCAGCUUGCUAUUGGGUCAAGGUUUGCUUUUAUAGCACAUUCCACUCCUUAAGUGAUCCUGUUCUGAUUUAACAGCAGUCCUGUUACUGUUGUUGUUUCAUUUGCACACAAUGUCUUGUUUAAACAUGGAUUCCCUUUGAAUUUUCACAAGGGCCAAACAUAAGUAAAAAUGUUUAUUUGCAGUUUGCUGCAAUAUUGUCUAGCUGUCAGACUGUGUGAAUUAUGAAGGUCUGUGGCAGGAUGAGUCAUGUAAAUGUGAUGUUAUCUGGUAUUCUUAAGGAUCUGCCAAUUAAUUGCUGUUGUUGUUUGUCAGUGCUGUAGACUUCCCCUUUAUCACUGAGGGUUUUUAUGUUGUAAAGUGUGCCUUAUCUGAGUGGAAGCUGGAACAUCCAGACCCAAAGAUUCUUUGAAAUGUAAUACAAUUUCAGAUGGAAGAAAAAAGAAAUGGAUUUUAAAAAAUGGUUAACUCAAAAGUUUGAGUUAAAGUUCAAAGUUCUUUGUUUUCAGGGUUUCAUCAGAUAAGGGGCACCUUAUUACAUGAUAAGCCUCUGAGAAUGAGUGGGGCGUCCUUAUUCCUCAACCAGGUAAUUUCAGAUAAUAUCGCCUCAUAGCAAAAACAAGCUCUGGACUGCCCUGUGGAUUUGAUCUUGAGAUGAGGUGGUGUGUGAUUGGUGAUGACGAUUGAUGAAAUCCCAGGUGAAAUCCCAGGCUUACUCUACAUGUUGCAUACAGAGUGCAACAUGUUCUGUGCUUGGUCUUGUACCUGUUAAUGACUUUUUUCCCCUCCUCCCAAUCCCCCUGAGUCUAGCAAACCAUAAGAAAAUCUGUGGAUGGUGAAACCCUGUGUCGCGUGUGAUUGGCUUACUGUAGGAGGGAGGACCAGUGAGCAAUGCACAGCUCGAGCGUCGUUCUCUGAGGCCUUAAACGCUGUAAAGACCUGCUCUGCGGAGGUCAGUGUAAUCAUGGGUCUUCCAGAGUACCGGCCGCCACCCCGAGUGGUGGGCGGAGUGAGCCGUGCCUUCCGGAGGUGUGUGAUUGGACGUCGCUGGUUCGAACGAAACACUGCUCCUGUGGGGCCAUAUAUGGAAUGGUAGCAUCCAGUAGCUUUGCACAAUCCCCAAGAACUGUCUGUAAGUUCACUUCCGCCACCUUCGGAUGAAAUGAAAAAGUAUGAAUUGUCGCACUAUCCAAAAAGUAAACAAAACCCAUGCUAAUAGCAAUUCAAGUAUGUUUUUGGUGUUUUUAUUUUAGUACCACGCAUUGAACAAGGUACGGCAACAUUUAUUGACCGUAACAUUUCUUAAUAUGUCGGUAGCAAGGUACUCUGUCCAGAGGGGAGGAAGGUUACUGCUCAUUGAAGCUUUCGGAAAUGUUAGUAUCUAUGGUGCUGUCUGCCAUGCAGAAGGAUGACAUUACAAAACAUUACAAGAGCCGCCCGAGAGGCUGUUUCUCCCAUUUAGCUUCGCUCCCCCUCUGCAUUUUUCCCGGUCGUUAGAGACGCGUCUCGGCCGCCCUGUCCUUCUAAUGUGCGACGCCCAUUACCUCUGUACUUAACAGGAGCGCCCAGCAAAGAUGAAAAUUAGGGUAAAAAAAGUGGUCAUUCCGGUGUGCGCGGAUCUCGUUUUCUUCGUUUGAAAAACGCUACUCCCAUUCCGAAUGGAAGCAGGCUUGCGUGACUGGAAUCAUCGUGAAUAGAUCUGUGUCUGUGAUCUCGCAGCUGCAGUGCCCAGCAGGAUUUGGGUGCCUGAUUGAUGGCUCUUUUUUAAUUGGAAGGCCCGCAAUGUGCCACAACAUCCAUUCCCCCACCCCCCCAGCACAGAGGUAUGUGCAAAAAGCUUUUAGUCAGAAAUGAAUUUUUCAGUAGCCGAGCUUUUGAUCCCUGAAUCGCCGAGCCCAAAUUCUAGCUUCCUUGCGCGCGAUUGCCCUUUAAAGGAGUACUUCUUGCUGUAGCGCAUCUGCUCCGUGCUCUAAUGACACUGCGGUAUCAGCAAACAGCGAAAGGAACACCUGCUGAUUUGCACACACACACGGUUAAAAUGUUCAGUGUAAAAAUGGGACGGCCGCUAGCUCCUCAUGUUGUUUUCUGCAAUAGACUAAUGACGAAAUACUGCAGUUGCUGUACAGAAACUCCCAGGAUUAUCUCUUCUCAAAGGUAGACCAGCAGCUAGGAUGGAGUCCUAUUUUAAGCAGUCACUUUUUUGAGGGAAUUGUGUUUUUUAUAUUAUUUUGGGCACUUGAUGAUAGUCCUUUUUUGAACAAAACAUGUUUUUCAAGCAUGGUAAAUAUUUCAAACGUCGUAGAUUAAAUUUUACUUAAAUAUCCCCUUAAUUUAUAUGCUCAAUGUGGACUGAUUAGAGUCCACUGUCAUUUUUAUCCUUGAUAAGGAAAAUCUAAUAUGCUGUCAUGUCAUGUUAUUGAUAUUACUUUCUAUUUAAUAAAUGAAAAUGUGAUAUUAACAUUCAGUUUGAUCAAAGUUUUUUCUACAAGGGUUGAAUUUGUGCUCAAGCAACUGGAGGAAAAAAUGUAUUAUCCAUUUUGUUUUUUACAGGUAUUAUGACCCAUGACAUGCUAUCAAUGUGUUCCUUUGAGUCCUUGUAAGCAAUCCGUAUGCCACUUCCUGUUUGAGUGUCCGCGCUUAUGAAAAGCAAGUCAUGUUGCCAAGAACAGACUGUCCAAUUACUGUGUCUCUUUAUUCAAUUUGCUUGUGGCUUCUUUAGAUUCUUUGCAGAAAACUUGAAAUAAUGGAGAGAUGUUACGACUCAGCUGUUAGUGCGUGCGUGUUUUGCUUUAUUUGCUAAAAUGUGGAUCUCUGUAUCUCCUUCCACGGGCAGCAUUUGCAACAUCUGGAGGGGUGAAGGGUGGGAUGGCACUGGAGGGCAAUUCGUAUGGGGUCUUCCAGGGAAUCAUUUUGUGACGUUUUUACAGACACCCCCCCCCCCCUCCUUUUCCCCGCACAACAGUUUGAUCUGGGAGGGGUUGUCUGUAGCGCAUUAAUGAAUUACACCAAUUUUACCCUGGAAAAAAAGCUCUCAAUCAAAUCUACCAAAAUCCCUGUUGUGUUCUCUCUCCUACCCCCAGAGGAGGGCUUUGCCAUGGUCUUCAGCUCUCAUUGCUAGAGCGGCAGCCAGUGUCAGCUCGGCUGGUAACGGCACCAAUAAGAAAAUUAGCAUCAAAAUGAGUCAGAUGUUGUAUUAUUUAUUUUAGGUUUUAUCACUAUAGUACUACUAAUGUGAAAGGAACAGCAGCAAAGCUUGUGUCACUAAAGAAUGGAAAUCAGACCUUGUAUGUUGGGCACUGAGCUGGCCACCUGACACAGCCCACCGUGGAGCGCUGUGCCUGGGGGUCACGCUGUUUACUGUGAGGGAGGCGAUCAUAAAAAGGUGCUUUUUGUGCUUCCUUGGAACCAUAUCCUAGCAACCUGGCUUUCGUUGCCACGGUGCCAAAUCCAGUCCAUCCUGGAUUCACUUUUUUAUUUUUUUAUUUUUUUAUGUUCAGACUAAAAACGUUAGUGGAUGCGGAAAUGUCGGAAUGUAGAGUGGCUGUGUAGUGACACACACAAAGGGGCAAAGGUACUGUUUCUCAUGCUUCGAAUACCAGUGAGCUCACCUUCCCCUGCACAUUUUGUACUUCCUUCACAUCGUUCUGCAUGUUUUUGUUUGGAGGCCACCUUGGCUCAGAGCACGGCACUGCAGCACGCAUGGCAAGAGGCGGUCUUGGGUACAUUUCCCUGGAAAGUCCCUUCUUUCUCAUUUUGAGAAGGGAAGGCUCUGCUGUCUUGAGGAAGCCCUCACCUUUUCUGUGGCAGGGCUUUUUUCAGCUCAAUAGCACCUGCUUUGGAAACUGAGAACUGAACUGCACCAUCUUUAGAGUUAUCUUACGUCCUAUUCACAGAAUUGCAGUUUUUGCUAUUUUAGUUUAAAAAAAAAAAAAACAGAACGAAAAACUAGUAUACAGUAAAACAUCUAAAGCAAUUUUGUUUUUUAAACUAGUAUACUAUAUCUAAAGCCAGAGAUUACACAGUAUAUUCUAAUGUAAAUGUGGGUCGGUUUUGAGUCUUGUAAAACAAGCCAACACUCCAAAUAUUGGAAAAUUGAGAUGUCUUAGAAAUGUGAGAGGCCAAGCUUCGUGCACAUGCUGAGAGAGGAAUGACUAAUUCAGCUCCGGAAUAUAAUAAUGAAUCCUGUUCUGAGACAUUCAGGAAGAAUAAUUAGAUUUCUUUCUUCGGCUCGGGCAGUGAUGUAUAAAAUGAGCACAUAUGACUGCUGACAUUUUCAAUAUGGAAGGUCGUGUUCUGUACAUAGUGAAAAGGGUUCCUUUUUGACAACACUUUAAUAUUUUUAUUACCAUUAUUGUUUUUAUUAUGGGUAUGGAAAUUAGUUUGCACAAAGGAAAGAAUGAGAGCUGUUUUUAAUGUUAACGCUUGCCAUUUAUGGAUGGAUUGAAAAAUGGCCUCAAUGGAAGAAAUAUGACAUUGCACAGUGCUCAAGUACAAUGGCUUUGUGACUGCCCAGACAUGGCAGGUGUUGCCCAUGGAGACUCCAUACUCUAAAAGAACCCUGAUUGGCCGAUUCUCUCUCCCAUUCUGUGGCCCUUGUCUGCUUUGUCCCCAUUCAAUUUGUGCAUGGAUUCAAAGGCCCUCUUACUCUGGUUAUGAUUACUGGACAUGAUGGCCAGGCCUCUGUCAGAACUGACCCCCUACACCAGGUUUGUGAAUGCUGCCUGUUACAGUUACUGUAAUGUUGAACUGCUCAUGCUGAAGGAUGUCAUUUUGAUGCUGUAUUGAUGUUGACUAUAUUUAUUGUAUUUUAUGUAUAUUGUGGAUGCAUGGGCCUAUGUAUAUAUUUUGAAACCAACAAAUAUUUAUCGAACCUAAACUAGAGAAUGUACUGUAGGAAUAUAAAGUCUAUAUUUUAUAUAAAAGUGAUAGUUGCAGUAAUGGAUUGUAGAGGGGGUGGGGCGUGUUCCAAUGGAAAAACCGUGUCCCUUGUUUGUUUGCUAUAGAUGAAAAGGCAUGAUACCCGAGUGUGUCUGUGAUAGUACUCUCCUGUACAGGCUGGUUAUCUGCUGUAUGUCUGCCCUGUCCGCUCCAGUGCUCUGCAUUGCUGCUGUGCGUUGCUUGGGGAAUGUGCUUUGUUUGACCUGAUCAUGGUGUAUAUGAAACCCACAAUGUGGUUUACGAUUACCUGUCCAAUGCUUCAGUUACAAUGGAAUUAAAGAAAAAGUUCAAAACAAAAA